AUGCUGACCACAACCAGCAGCCAGCUCUAUUCCUGCCCUGCCCACGGCACCGACCACGACCUGUUCCUCUCAUACCAAGCCCAGACUGAUGCCGACACUGUCCAAGCUCUGAAGGAGGUGCUCACCUCGGUCGCCCUCCGUCGAUAUGGCAAACCCCUUUCCGUCUUCCACGAUGUCGACUGCCUCAACAACCCCAGCGACCCUCAAGCCAGCUCCAUCAGUGCCCUCCCCACCAGCAAGGCCGUCUUCCUGCUCCUCAGUCGGGCAUCGUUCGAACCUAUGAUUGAGAACACCCUCUCCGGCCAGGAGGACAAUGUCGUCCUCGAAAUCAAGACCGCCCUCGACCUCAAGGAUGCCAAUCUCUCCCUCCCUGUCCUUCCCCUCGGAAUCGCCACCAAGGAGACCAAGGAUGGUGUCGAUGACUUCACUCCCUUCUUGCCACACAUGGUGUCCCUCCCCGACGACCCUGCCUUUACCUCGCUCAAGCAGACCCUCGGCCGAGUGAACCGGAUCCAGUCCUUUGGCUUCCGUCCCGACCAGAUGCACAAGCGAGUCUACCGCCUCCUCAACCUCGUCCAUCCCAUCCCACCCAACAUGGAGUUCAUUACGACCAUCCAUUACAUAUACUUUUGCGACUCCAAGUUCCGAUUCGAUCCCGUCCACCUCGAUAUCCUGCUCAAGCAACUCACCCUGACUGGCCGCGCCGUCAUCUCUGGCAUGGGUGGCAUGGGCAAGUCCGUCCUCGCCAUCCAGAUCCUGUUCUUCAUGAUGGGCAUUAUGAAUGCGAGCAACAAGGACGACCUCCUCGCCAUCAAAGCCGAAACCAUCGGCAUCAAGCCGCAGUACCGCCAGGUCUUCUGGAUCAACUGCUCGACUGAGUCGACUGCCCUCGAUGGACUCAUCGAGAUGUUCCCUGGCAUCAAGCCCGAUGAGAUCAAGGAACAUGCCUCGAGGUUCCUCGCCAACACCCACGGCUAUCUCCUGGUGCUCGACAAUGUCGACGACAUCAGCGUGGUCGACUCUGUGUUUGAGCACUCCAAGUCGGUCGGGUUCAGCGGCGAUGUGGUGGUGACGACCCGGCUGGCCUCGCUGCCUCCUGGUGCAUUCGCCAGUGCUCUCAAAGCCAAGAUCCCUGGAUACAAACAUGACCCACUCCGUCUCAGCAACUGGGACCACACCACCACACUCGACUAUAUCAUGUCGUCAUCGCCAAUGAUUGUCCAGCGACUUGUGUCGGACGAAGCCAGGAAAUCCCUCGACAACAUCGUGGCCAAGAUCAGCGGAUAUCCACUCGUCAUCCAGACAUUCAUGACGUUUGCCGAGAACUACGACACUCCCCUGUCGGAGCUCGAGGCCACGUUUGCAGGAGCAUUGGCGCUGCAGGAUGGCGAGGACGACACGCGGUCGUCGCUCAAGGUGAUUGUGGAUCUGUCGCUGGACUCGCUGAUGAAGCGAGGAGAUGAGGGCAUCGAGGCGGCCAGGCUGUUCGGUGCCCUCAGUCUGGUGGCGCCGACCAACAUCCAGUUCGAGUUGAUCAAGGAGAUCGCACAGAAGAUGGAACUCAAGACCGAGGUGACCGAUCUGAUCAAGAUGAUGGUCCAGAGCGGCCUCCUCCGAAGUGGAAACGAGGGACGGUACUCGACGCACUCGCUCACUCAGCAAGUGGCUCGAGAGUUUUUGUAUGAUAAGGCCGCUGCAACUUACCAAGACAACUUAGAACGUGCCAUCAAAUAUUAUGGGACCCGAGAGCAUUUCAUUAUUGCAUCCAUCAUUCAUCACAUCGCCAAAGUGCACUAUAAUCAGAGCAACUUUGAAGCAUCGCUCGUCUGUCAUAACGAGGCCCUCGACAUCAAAGUCAAGGUCUAUGGCACCCGCGAACAUCCAGAUGUACUCGCAUCCCUCAAAGAUAUCGCCAAAGUUUCAACUGAACUUGAUCGUCUCGACGAAGCCCUACAGCUUAUCAACCCUGUUGGAGCACUCGCUACCAAGAUCCAUGGCACUCGUAUACACCUUGAUGUUGCUUCGUUCCUCACUGUCUUGGGCGAGGUGAGGUGUGAGCAAGGGCAUCUCAGCGAAGCCCAUCAACACUUUAGCGAGGCGCUGGACAUUCUACUUGAGCUCUAUGGCACUCGCGAUCAUCAAAAUGUUGCCGCCGUAACUGGCUUUCUGGCCAACGCUGUGCACCUCCAAGGGCGCCUGGGCGAAUCUCUAAAGCUAUAUCAAGAUUCACUUGACACCACAAUCACGCUAGAAGGCACUCGAGAAAGCCCAGAGGUGGCCCCAAUCCUGACCCAUAUGGGCCAAGUAGCUUCAGAACUGGGAAACUACGAUAUGGCGGUCCAUUUCCUUCAAGAGUCACUCGAGACCAGUGUCAAGAUUUAUGGCACUCGGGUUCACUCCGGGGUAAUCACAGCUAUAAGGGCUUUGGGCGGAGUAGCGUAUUAUCAAGGACGCCUGGACGAAGCACUGGACUAUUUUGAAGAGUCGCUUGAGCUCAUUGUCAAGGUCUAUGCCACUCGUGAGCAUUCUGAAGUCGCCGUAACUCUCGACAACAUUGCCACAAUUUGGAAGGCGAAAGGGAAACUGAGCAAAGCGAGCGCACUCUAUCAAGAGGCUUUGGCGAUAUACAUCAAAAUCUAUGGCACCCGUCAUCACCACAGAGUUGCCAGCGCGCUUUUCCAGCUCGGUGGAAUCGCAUAUCAGGAAAGCCGCUAUAAUGACGCUUGGGACCUCUACCAGGAGGCGGUGGACAUCAAGGUCCAGGUGUUUGGCACUCGCAGCCACGCGGAUGUCGCCACGACGAUCCAUAACAUGGCCCUGGUGGCGAUCGCACAAGAUCGACGAGACGAGGCGAUGCGACUCUUGCAGCAAGCCAUCGACAUUUAUUCGCUAGUGUUCGAGACGCGCGAGCACCCAGAGAUCGCGGCAGCCCUUUCAAACAUGGGCGUGAUCGAAUUUGAUCUGGGUCAUCUGAACGAAUCCCUCGAGCUCCUUCAAGAAUCCGUCGCCAUCAGGGAGAAAGUCCUUGGUACUCGCGAGCACAGUGCAAUUGCCUCGAGCCUCAAUCAGAUGGGGAUGGUGGCAUGCGAUCAGGGGCGCCAUGACAUUGCCUUUCAGUACUACCAAGAAGCCCUGGAUAUAUUUGUCAAGAUCUAUCAAACCCACCAUCACUCGGACGUGGCUAGUGUUCUGAACAGUAUCGGUGAUGCCAAGUUCCAUACCUUGCGAUUUGACGAGGCGAUGCAUUGCUAUCAAGAAGCCCUCGAGAUCUGGGUGCAGAUCUACGAAACUCGCGAGCACAUUCAGGUGGCUAUCGCCCUGGGCAAAAUGGGGAACAUGGCCGUGCAGAGAGGGAAUCUUGACGAAGCGCUAAGGCACUACCAAGAGUCCCUUGACAUCAAGAUCGCGAUCUAUGGAACUCGCGAGCACUCCUCGGUUGCGACAGAUAUCAACAACAUGGCUGGGGCCACAACGGCGCAAGGCCGCCUGGACGAGGGCAUGCGCCUCUUCCAAGAGGCGCUGGACAUCAAAAUCAACAUUCUCGGAACCCGUGUCCAUAAGGAGAUAGCGGUCAUCCUCAGCAAUAUGGGCUGUAUUGCCGGAAGCCAAGGACGGUUGCUCGAGUCCUUCGACCUACACCAAGAGGCCUUGGGCAUUUUUCUCAGAGUUGUGGAAAGUCGAAGCCAUGUUUUUGUUGCGAAAGCGUAUCAAAACUUGGCCGUGGCCGCCACAAAUCUCGGUCGCCAAGAACUGGCCCUCGAGUCAUUUAAAGAAGCCAUCGAUAUCUAUUCUGGAAUCAUUGGCACCCGCCAGAAUGCAGAAGUCACGGCCAUGCUCGAGUGCAUGGGCCGGAUCGAGUAUCAAAGAGGAAAAUUCGAGGAGGCACUUGCUCUCUAUCAGGAAUCCCUCGAUAUCCAGGUCCAGAUGCUUGGUUCCCAUGGGCACCCCUCCACCUCUACAACCAUCGGCAACAUUCGCCACGUCUUGAAAGCUCUCGGGCGGCACGCUGAAGCCCAGGAAGUGUCUUCCUCAGCGACUUGA